CUGACAGCUCUACUUUAUAUAUUUUUAUUAAACUGUUUUAUGUUUUGGCUUUUUCUGUACUUCCACACUUAACUUAUUCCACAAUUUAAAUCUGUUGAUGCUGAUACAAGCUCAUUUUGGUUGUGAAAAAGUCAGUCAGUCAGCCACUCUCUCUCUCCAUGUCAAGCCACAUUAACUUAUUUGUUAACUCUCUCUCUCUCUCUCUCCCUCUCCCUCUCCCUCCCUCUCUCUCUCUCUCUCUCUCUCUCUCUCUCUCUCUCUCUCUCUCUCUCUCUCUCUCUCUCUCUCUCUCUCUCUCUCUCUCUCUCUCUCUCUCUCUCUCUCUCUCUCUCUCUCUCUCUCUCUCUCUCUCUCUCUCAUUAUCUUCUUUGGGUGUUCAGGAAGCUGAACAUUUCCUUGGGCGCUUGAAAUUAUGGGUUUCCUGCAUCUGUGUAUGUGUCUGCGUGGUUGUGUGUGUGUGUUGGUGCGCGUUGGUGUGCACGUGUGUGAAUGCUGGCAAGUGUGAGAGAGACACUCAAUACUAAGUCAACAGAACCAAACGAAAGAGAACCAAAGAAACGAAGGAAGGUUUUCUGUUUCCUUCCUCCAGCAGGGCGAUAGAGAGAUAGGGGGGAGAGAGUAAUUGCAACAUUCCUGAUCAAGUGUAGAACCAGUCUCCAGUCGGUACCAUCAGUCAGGAGGCUGUGUUCUCAGAGUGAACGGCUAGAGUCCAUUCUGUUAGACUAGUCCUGAAGGACAAGACCAGAGAGCAGAGACUAGAGUUUUUGGGACUUGACCCCACACAUGGACAUUGGGUCUCUAUUCUACAGCGUGCGUUUGAAACCCUAAGGAGGAGACUGAGCAAGAGAUCCAUGGCCUCUCUGGAGAUGUGUUGGCCGGCCCCCAUGCGGGCCAUCGGGGCCCAGAACCUCCUCACCAUGCCAGGGGGCGUGUCCACCUGUGGCUACCUGCACAAGAAAGGAGGCAGCCAGUUCAGCCUCAUGAAAUGGCCUCUACGGUACAUCAUCCUCCACAAGGGCUGCGUCUACUACUUCAAGAGCAGCACCUCUGCUGCUCCCCAGGGGGCCUUCUCCCUCAACGGCUACAACAGGGUGAUGCGGGCGGCGGAGGAGACCACCUCCAAUAACGUGUUUCCCUUCAAGAUUGUCCACUUCAGCAAAAAACACAGAAUCUGGUUGUUCUCUGCAGCCAGCGAGGAGGAGAGGAGGAAGUGGAUGAAGUCUUUGCGCAAGGAGAUUGACCAUUACAACGACCGGAGAGAGUCCCUGAUCACUUUCGAGACCGACUCUGAUGACGAGAGCUUCUAUGGGAGCAUAGAACGACCCAUGGAUAUUAAACACUCUGAGGACCACACAGAGGAUGACUAUAUGGAGGAAGAUGAAGAUGACGAUGAGGAAGACUAUGUCAAACCUGACAGUUCCCCAACAUCGACAGUGGUUGACUCCAGGUCCUUCGCAGGUCGUCCCAACGUCCCUCCCCCGGCCUACCCUCCCCCCCCAGUGCCCGCCCCACCCCGCUCUCUGACCUCUGACCCCUCCUACAGGUUUAGCAAGGGCCCCACCCUCCCACCCCCCGUGCCCCCGCCCAACAAACUGUCCCCGAGCUUUCCACCCAGAAAGACUCCCCCACCCUUCCUCCCCCCCUCUAUCCUCAAGGACCCCGGGAGGAAAGGAGCCCCCAGCAGCUCUCUGGCCCCGCCUCUCCCGCCGCCCCCUAACACCAAGAGGCUCCUCCUGGGGCGGGGCUUGGUGCUCCCGGAACAACGCCCCUCCGAGGUCUGGAAGACUCCGCCCGCCAUCGGCAAACUUCUGGAGCACUGCAUGCUCAACGACCCCCCCGCCCUCAAAAGUCCCCGGGGGCUGCCCGGUAACCAAGGCAAACUAUCGCCGCCGCCGCUGCCUCCUCCCAUUCCCGCUCCCUGCCCCCCCUCGUCCCACCCGGCCCGCCCUGCUCCUCCCACCCACCCUCCGCAACCCCGGACAGGCCAAGGACCAGCCUCCCCCAAGCCCCCCCCCGCCCCGCCAAACCUUGCCAUACCACCUAUCCCACCGACCACGCCCAUUUGGACACCGACCACGCCCAUUUGGACACCGACCACGCCCACUCGGACACCGAUCACGCCCACUUGGACACCGAUCACGCCCACUAGGUCACCGACCACGCCCACUUGGACACCGACUACCACCACUCGGACAACGACCAUGCCCACUCGGGCACCGACCAUGCCCACCCGGGCCCCGACCAUGCCCAGUGUAGCUGAGAAUGCAACGCAAAGAGAGUCCCCAGAUGGUCAGAGUUUCCGGACCUCGGUGGACGAGAUGCCGGAGACCGGCAGGAGAAAGUCAGGCCUGAUCCAGAGAGGGGAAGACUCUGAUGACGACUAUGAGAAUGUUCAGCUACCAGACUCAGUCUUCAUUGACACGACAGAAACCAGCAGCGUAGAGAAGUUGUUUAAAGAGACAUCCUCAGUGCCCCACGAUGGACUGUAUGGAAUCAGAAACUCAGGCACUAAAACGAACAAGGUGCUCGUGGUAUGGGAUGUGAGUGUGGGGAAAGCCAGGAAUUACCGUCUGUUUGAAGAGGACAAGAGAGUGUUUCUGGACAUUGACGUAACCUUCCUGUCCCUGGAGGCGCUGGUCGAACACUACCAUACCCACCCUCUGCCUCACCACGGCUCCCUUUGUCUGCAGACACCUUACGGGGACGCCCACCCCAGGUGACCCCUGACCCUCUGUCUGCAGACACCUUACGGGGACACACACCUGGUGACCCCUGACCCUCUGUCUGCAGACACCUUACGGGGACACACACCUGGUGACCUCCAACCCCUGACCCUCUGUCAGUCAUCUUAGCCUUCGGUGGAUUAAAACUUUCACCUCUUACCCUCUAACCUGGGGUCACUAGAAGACCUGGAGCUCAACAAGUAAACCAGCGGACUGGUUCCAUGUGGUAGUCUGGAGGACAGCUCCAGAAGGACAGAGUCUGUUCCAGUGGGAUGUACUACUUCUGAUACUACUAGUAGUAGAACCAGGCAUACACGAGAGAGUUAUCCAAUCAGACUACAGAAGGAAAGCACUGCCUGUCGUAGUAAGGAAUAUUUCCAAUGCUGACCUGAGACUAGGUCUUAUGGAGAAUGGGUGGAACACAGGAGCUCCUCUACAUACAGUGAUGUGCUACAGUAUACACUCACAGAUGAUUGGACCAAUAGCCGCACACAGAUCAAAUGGACCAAUAGCAGCACACAGUUUGAAUGGACCAAAAGCAGCUCAUGGAACAAAUGGACCAAUAGCAGCACACAGAUCAAAUGGACCAAUAGCAAAUCAUGGAAGAAAUGGACAAAUAGGAGCUCACAGAUUGAAUGGACCAAUAGGAGCUCACAGAUUGAAUGGACAAAUAGCAGCACACAGAUUGAAUGGACAAAUAGCAGCUCAUGGAACAAAUGGACCAAUAGCAGCUCACAGAUAAAAUGGAUAAAUAGGAGCUCACAGAUUGAACGGACAAAUAGGAGCAGACAGAUUGAAUGGACCAAUAGCAGCUCACAUUUCCCUGAUCAGAUCAAACUUCACCAUAUGUUUAUGUACCCCAUUUUAAAACACAACAAUUAUCUAUAAAUACAUAACAAUUAUCUAUGUUUUAGGCCUAAAAUAUGUUUUAAAAAAGUAACAAUCAAUUUCCGAUGGUAUACAUUAAAAAACCUAAAGUAUACAGUUCUAAAAUACAUUUCUAAUGGACGGACAGGCAUACAGAAACAUUUGGGAAAAGGCAUUUUCUAAACGACUCAAACAGAACACAGAUCUAUCUUGGUUCCUUGGUUCCUUUAUAAUAAGCCAACGGGUAGACACUGUAGAUGUUGUACAGAGGUUGGCCACAAGAUGACGCCGUAACAACACUGUUUUAUCUGAGACGGGACGACCGUACAGAGAGACCAUUUUUUUCUUGUAUGUUUGCGCUGUGUUGGACUGGAAUAAAUCACAGGGCUGCGGUCACCUUUAGAGGACGCAAAUAUGACUUACCGGAGAUAUUGUGUUCACAUUGGGUACAUUCCAGUGCUCCACUUAAACAGGAAAUCGUGUUCAGAAAGUUAUAUUCUUACAGAAUGUAAAUGAAAUAUCAAUUAUAUUUAUUUAUAAUGUCAAUGUAAUGUAUCUAUCUGUAUUCACCAUUUCAAUAUUUUGUGUUUUGAUUGAGGCCAUAUACUGUAAAUAUAGUGUGCAUAUGAAAAACACAUAAAUUCUCGAUUCAA